GGCUCAAGCCAUCCACCUGCCUCAACCUCCCAAAGUGCUGGGAUUCCAGGUGUGUGCCACUACACUCAGCCUAGGGCCCAGCUUCAAAAGGAGGUGCUCCCUCAGUUUGGGGCCAGCCAGGCCCACUGGGAGAAUAGGACCCAGAACCCAGGUCUGCCAUUCUCCUCAAGCCCUGGACUCCAGCCCCCCACCACAGCCAGUUUCUGGCCAGGCUGCUCAUGAAAGGCCAUGGGUCUCGCUGGAACCUGCUGCCUCAGAGCCAGGCCUGUUCAUGGGGGAGGGGCGUUUGCCUGUUGCCAGGCGCCCAGGUUCCGGCCCCUGGCACUAGCGGCGGCCAUGCUGCACAUGCUGGCCUCGCUGCCCUUGCUGCUCCUGCUGGCGAUGCCUGCUCCAACCCACGCCUGGUUGCGACCCCUCUGGUACCACGUGGGGCUGGACUUGCAGCCCUGGGGGUGUCAGCCAAAGACAGUGGAGGGCUGUAGGGGUGGCCUGAGCUGUCUUGGUUACUGGCUGGGCCCUGGAGCAAGCCGCAUCUACCCCGUGGCUGGGGUCAUGAUCACCACCAUGAUGCUGAUGAUCUGCCGCAAGAUACUGCAGGGGCGGUGGUGCUCACAGGCCACCAAGGGUGAGCAUCCGCAGGUGACCACUAAGCCCUGCGGACCCUGGAAACGGCGGGCCCCAAUCUCAGACCACACCCUGCUCCGCGGGGUCCUGCACAUGCUGGAUGCCCUCCUGGUCCACAUUGAAGGCCACCUACAUCAUCUAGCCACCCAGCGGCAAAUCCAAAUAAAGGGGACUUCUGCCCAGAGUGGGUGACCAAACAUGUGCCUCUGUCUGCCUGACAGCCUGGGGUCCUGGGCCAGGUCUGCUCUCUCCAGGCCUGUCUAGACCCUGUGUCCCUUUUCUACUUUUAGAGCCAGCUGACUUGGUGUCUAGGACGGGCGGGCAGAUGGGGCACAGGCUGGCUCACACUGCUCCAUUGCCCCCACCAACUGACUUUUCCUCCCUAAGGAUCCCUCCUGGAGACACAACUGCUCCUCUGGGCUGGGUGUGGUGGCUCACACCUGUAAUCCCAGCGCUUUGAGAGGCCAAGAUGGGAGGAUCACUUGAGCUC